AUGAAUGUUGCCUCGUCAGAAGUUCAGGAUGACGAGAUGCAAGGGGCUGUCCGUCCGCGGCAUCGAAAUUGGCUCUUAUGUGGAGCCAUACCACUCUUCGUCAGCACCUUCACAAUAAUCAUAAUCAUUGUUGCCGUGGUCGUUCCUGCAAUGAUCUACAUGGACGGUUGUGGCCAUCGGCCGAUUCUUGCGAAAGAGGCCAGCAACUCCUCACAAGUGAAGUCGAGGCGGUCGGAUUCUUUUCGCGCGCGGUGGACGUGGAACCAAGGCAAGGCUGGGUCUGUCGUCAAGCAAAGUGAGAAGGGGAUGUUCGAGACCUAUACUAAGGGAGGCGAGAGUCCGUACCAAGCUUGUGCUCCUCAGGAGAAAGAUCAACCGGACAGAAUGGCCUUUAACAACUGCUGCCUGACCAUUUCCGAUAUCGAGACCCCGGACCCGUACGUGAUCUUCGCCCUUGGGCGAUAUUACAUGACAUUCACCUCAGGCGGCGACAAGGUUGAGAUAUGGUCGUCGCCAAAUCUGCUCGAGCUUGGUCGAUCUUCCCAGAAGCACGUUGUGUGGCGGCCGCCACCGAACACCCAUUACAGCAGUGGCAUCUGGGCUCCUGAAUUACACGCUCUCGAGGGUCGCUGGUACAUAUAUGUCUCUUGCGAGGAUCCUAAACAUGGCAACAAAUCACACCGAAUGUACGUGCUCGGAGGUCCUCCUUCGCAGUACGACCCUGCAGCUGGUCCUUGGGAGUUCUUAGGACCCAUUGCGGGAAUGCCAGAUCACUGGGCGAUUGACGGCACGAUCUUUCCUUUGAACGGCAAAAAUUACCUCGUCUACUCCGGCUGGCCCUUUCACAAUCCUCAGGUGUCCGAUCUCAUCCAGGAAAUCUUCAUCAUCGAGCUUGCGUCGCCAACGAGGGCUGCCUCGCAAGCUGUCUCGAUUUCACAGCCAAAGGAGCCUUGGGAGUGGACCGACAACCAUGGGAUCAACGAAGGACCGCAAGUACUCGCUCAUCCCGAUGGUCGGUCAUGGAUUGGCAUCGCUUACUCUUGUGCGGGAUCAUGGACGAAAGACUACAAGGUGAACACGCUCCAAUAUCUUGGCGGCGACCCGCUGAAUCCAUCGUCGUGGCGAAAAUCGCGCCAUCCGCUGCUGAAAAACCGUGCUCGUGGUGGCUCUCCCUACGGACCGGGACACGGCUGUUUUCUGAACGUAAGCGGCGACACCGUAUCCAUCUUUCAUGCCGCCGAUGGGCCCAAUGACGGCUGGAAGAACAGAAAAGCACGGAUUCAGAGAGUCAUGUGGACCCAAGACGGGCCUUGGAUGGGGGAAGUGGGUCCGCUCGUGGACAACGUGCAACACUAUCUGGCACCUGGGGGAGUGCAUGGAUAUCCUGGAGGCAGAAUGGAAUAUGCUCCCCAUGAUUUCGGAGUGGAAAAGGUUCUGAAUAAGGCCAUGGGCUUCUUGAAAAAAUUUUGAUCCUUUCGCCAUUUUACCACAACUUCGCUAUUGCAAGCCCCUAGCUUACACAAAGUUGGCCUUGCAGAGAAGCUCGCUCGCUUUCGCUGCAAGGCUCCAUGAAUCAGCCUCCAAUUAACUUCAUCACCAUUCCAAUUUCAAUCAUCGUCUUUGCGUGCAUAGCAAACACAUGUCUGCUAUGUAGUGAGCUUAUAUAUACAUAUACCGUUUUAAGACAUGCUGACUCGAG